AUGCCGGGAGGAUUCCGAAAGAAAAAUGGUUUUUUUAUAUCCAAAAAAGGAAUUGAACGCAAGAAAAAAACUGUAGCAGCCAUGUCAGAAGCUAAAAAAAAUCGAAUGCAAGAAGCAUUAUCACCAAACAGUGAAACGAAUAUUUGUGAAGGGCUACGCAUAGUAAAUAUAAAAGAACUCGAUAAAAAUCUAAAAUGCAGACAAUGUUCUAAACUCUUGGAUUUGAGCAAUGUAGUAAAAGAAGGAUUGAUUGGCUGUCAUUCGUUAGUAUCGAUUCCUUGUGCCGACUGCAAGGUAAUCUCUGAAGUAAACACCGCACAUAUUACCGAAAAGAAAGUUUCAGAAGUCAAUGCAGGAUUAGUUCUUGGUGCAAUGCAUUCUGGUGCAGGUCAGACAGCACUAAAUAAAAUUCUGGCUUGUGCGAAUAUUCCUCCAAUAUCCAAUGAUAUACCUGAACAUGUGGCUAGAGAUAUAUAUCCUCAUCUACAAGUUCUUGAGUCGAACAAUACGACAAAUGGAUCUACAAAUCCAGUAUUUGAUUCGACAUUAGGUGAAAUUGUUAAUAUUAUUGUCUCAUACGACACAGGUUGGACUAAACGAGGUAACGGGCGUAGCUAUGACAGCCUCAACGGCUACAGUGCAAUUAUUGGAUUUUUGACUGGCAAAAUUUUGGAUUACACCACUAGAAAUAGGAAAUGUAAGAUGUGCAAAUUAGGGCACGACAAAAAUGAUCAUGAUUGUCGACUCAAUUAUAUUGGGAGCGCGAAAGCCAUGGAAGCGGAUGCAGGAGUGCAAUUGAUCAAUCAUAGCAAUAUUUUGAAAGAAGCUAAAUUGCAAGUGCGAGUAAUAAUUGGUGACGAGGAUAGCUCUAUGAUUGCCGCUAUUAGAAAAGAUAAUCCACAUAUUUCUUUUCACAAAUUAGCUGAUAGGAAUCAUAUGGUCAAAAAUUUCGGUAAAGAAUUAUAUGACAUACAAGAGACAUUUAGUCAAAUGAAGAGAAAAGGCGUAGUGCCCCAUAUAAAAAAAUGCUUCGCCUAUGCUGUUUCACAAAAUAAAGGCAAUAGCGAUGGAUUAGCUACGGAUCUUCGCCGAAUGCGAGAUCAUUUGUAUGGACGUCAUGAAAAUUGUGGGUCUUGGUGUAAAUAUAAGGAGAAACAUACUAUAGAGCUUACGGAUGAAGGUUUAUAUGUAAAACUAGUCGAAUUCUAUCAUAAGUACGCGGCAAAUGCUGGAAAAUUCUCUGUAGCAGCUUCUAGUCAAGCAAAUGAAAGUUUCAAUAAUGUGAUUGCUCACAAGGCACAUAAAAAUCACUGCCUUAGUAGAAGCGGAGCUUGCGAUUUUAGAGUCGGCGAUGGUGUAUGUGUGUGGAACGAUUGUGAAAAAUGUACAACUAAGUUUCGAAUAAGAGUCGACUUGAAUGAAGGUUUGUAUACGUUGAAAUAUGCUAAAUCCGUUGAUGGUAAACGCUUGAAAAGAAAAAACAGAAGCUCAUCUGCUGCAUUCAAAUUACGAAGAAUAAUCUUAAAACAACAAAGAGAGGCUUUGAGAAAAAGUCUAGAGCAAGCAGAAGGUGUCACAUACCAAACUAAUUGCGGGAUCAAUAUGGAAAUUGAUAUGCCAGAGAAAAGCAAUGCUGAUGCGAAGUCACUCUUAGUGUAUUUUGAUUUGGAAACAACUGGUUUGGACACCAAUACCCAGAUAGUUGCUACCAAAGUUACAGGUUUGAGUAAUAGUGGUGGUAUGUUAUGUCUAAAUGGGAAGGCUGUUGAAAGUGUUGAUCUGCAAGAAGCUUUAAUCGCAUUCAAACAAUUUUUAGAAUCAUUAUCAAAGUCAAAGAAGUGUCUAUUAGUGGCACAUAAUGCUACCUUUGAUAUUAGAGUAUUUUUAAAUAGUUUAGUUAGUUGCAACAUGCUACGAGAUUUUGAGGUGGUUGUAGGCUUUUCAGACUCUCUAAAAGCUUUCAAAAAAUUGAUCAUCGAAAAGAAAAAAGGCCCAGGACAAUUCACAUUAAAAGGUCUAGCUACAAAAUAUUUAGAGCCCAAAGAUUUAGAAAAUUUUCAUGAUGCUACUGGUGAUGUCAGAGUCUUGGAAAAAUUAGUAAAAUAUUUCACGUGUCAAGAAUUACUUAACAGUUUACAGAAAUCUUACUAUGAUUGCUGCAAUAAAGUACAUGAAAAUAAUAAGAUAAACUUCAAAUUGCAAUACUUGAGAGAAUUGAAAGGUGUUUUAUCUCUUACGUACUUGAAAAAAUUAGCUAAAUAUAACAUUACAUACCAACAACUAUUAGAAUUAUAUAAAAAGGAAGGAGCAGAUGGUAUUCAUAAAUUAUUUACUGAAAAAAGUGAAGGUAAAGUUAAGAUUACCAAAGAUAUAAAAGUUUUAAAUACAUUAGUUCACUUUUUUCAGACUGACCUGUGA